AUGGCGGCGGUGCUGGGGAAAGCGGCGGCAGUGGGCAGAGCCCGGCGCCGCCUGCUGCUGGGGCUGCUGCGACGGGGCUGCGCUGGGGUCGCGGUGGAUGACACCGUCAAUGGGCUGAGCGAGGAGCAGCGGCAGCUUAGACAGACAAUGGUCAAGUUUUGUCAGGAGCAUUUGGCUCCAAAGGCCCAAGAAAUCGACCAGGAGAAUGAGUUUAAGGGCAUGCAGGAGUUCUGGAAGAGGCUCGGGGAGCUGGGAGUUCUGGGAAUUACAACUCCUGUGGAAUAUGGUGGAUCUGGAAUGGGGUAUCUGGACCAUGUGUUAGUGAUGGAGGAAAUCUCUCGAGUUUCAGCAGCUGUUGGACUCAGUUAUGGUGCCCAUUCAAACCUUUGUAUUAACCAGUUAGUACGGAAUGGCAAUGAAGCACAGAAAGAGAAAUACCUACCCAAGCUAAUCAACGGGGAGCACAUUGGAGCCCUGGCAAUGAGCGAAUCCAACGCUGGUUCUGACGUUGUCUCUAUGAAGCUCAAGGCAGACAGGAAAGGGGAUUACUUUGUUUUGAAUGGGAACAAGUUUUGGAUCACUAACGGACCAGACGCUGAUGUUCUAAUAGUUUAUGCUAAAACCGAUCUCAGUGCUGUUCCAGCCUCCCGGGGUAUAACAGCAUUCAUCGUGGAGAAGGGUAUGCCUGGUUUCAGCACUGCUCAGAAGCUUGAUAAGCUGGGAAUGAGGGGGUCCAGUACCUGUGAAUUGAUCUUUGAGGACUGUAAGAUUCCUGCUGAGAAUGUCUUGGGGCAGCUGAGUAAAGGAGUCUACGUUCUGAUGAGUGGCUUGGAUCUGGAGAGACUCGUGCUGUCUGGUGGACCACUGGGAAUCAUGCAGGCUGUUCUUGACCAUGCUUUUCCAUACUUACACGUGAGAGAAGCAUUUGGACAGAAAAUCGGCCACUUCCAGCUCAUGCAGGGUAAAAUGGCAGAUAUGUACACACGGCUGAUGGCGUGUCGGCAGUAUGUGUACAAUGUGGCAAAGGCCUGUGACCAAGGACACUUCAAUUCAAAGGAUUGUGCAGGAGUGAUCCUGUAUUCGGCAGAAUGUGCUACACAAGUAGCGCUGGAUGGAAUUCAGUGUUUAGGUGGAAAUGGUUACAUCAAUGAUUAUCCUAUGGGUCGCUUCCUGCGUGAUGCCAAGUUGUAUGAGAUAGGGGCAGGAACCAGCGAGGUGCGGAGACUUGUCAUUGGCCGGGCAUUUAAUGCUGCUUUUAAAUAACACCCACCAUUCAACGAGAAACAGUCUCAACACCAAGAAGCCUUUGAUCAUAGCGGUGGUCCGCAAAACUUUUUUCUCAUAUCACGGUCACCGCUGGUUGAUUAUUAUCCAUUUGAUGAACAAAUGUUGCUAGGUUUAACUGGGCUCUGCUGACCGAAUGAAUUGGGCAGGAGAACAGAAGUAAACGUGUUCAUGUGAUCAGCCUGAAUUGUUCCUUUAUCAUACUCAGCAGCCAUUUUGAUUCUAAAAUCUAAGGAGUUGAGGAUGAAGUUUUUGCCAGGGGUAUAUGACAGUCAAAGCAGGAUGUUUCUUGCAUGGUGAACUGUUGAAUAGGAAAAAUCAGUUACUGAGCAUUAUAGAUCAAUCUAGAGGGAAUGGACAUUGGAUCAAUCCAGAAAGAAUGGACAAUGGGAAUGGAAUUUUACCAUCUUUAAAAAUUAGAGUGCCAUGAACAAGUAGCAUUUUUAACAUGCUGCUGCUGGAAGAUGGUAAUUUCCCAAUGCGACAUUCCACCAGUAUGUUAACCUCCUGGUGCCAUCC